AUGGCUUGGAGUUGUGGAGGAAGAGGACAGGGGAGCUCUCUCCCUCCCUCUCUCUCUCUCUCUCUUCCCAUCUUCUCUUUCUGUCGCCAAUUGACCGUCAUUUCACUCCUGCGACACCAUCACCCCAUGAAGACCAAGGAAAUGGACGCACCCCCCGAGAAAGCCCACGGGCUGCACGACCCCGAACUCUCCAAGCCCACCCUCGAACACCUGCACGCAAUCGACGAUCCCGACCUCGGUCUAAGCGAGGAGGAAAAAGCCACUCUCGACCGACGUCUCCUCCGCAAACUCGACCGACGCCUCAUCCCCUGGCUGUCGCUGCUGUACCUCGCCUCCUUCCUCGACCGCACCAACAUCGGCAAUGCGAAGCUCGAGGGCCUGCAGACGGCGUUGCACAUGAGCAAUGCCCAGUACAACGCCUCGUUGACCGUCUUCUUCGUCUCGUACUCGGUGUUUGAGCCCCUGACCAAUGUGCUACUGAAGCGCACGCGCCCGAGUCUGUUCAUUCCGACCAUCCUCGUUCUCUGGGGCAUCUGCAUGACCACCAUGGGCCUCGUCCACAACUACGGCGGCCUCCUCACCGCGCGCUGGUUCCUGGGUCUCGCCGAGGCCGGCCUCUUCCCCGGUAUCAGCUACUACCUGUCGUGCUGGUACCGCCGCGCCGAGUUCGGCAUCCGCAUGGCCGUCUUCUUCUCGGCCGCCGCGCUGGCCGGCUCCUUCGGCGGGCUGCUGGCGGCCGCGAUCGCGCAAAUGGACGGGGUCGGCGGGAAGGAAGGCUGGGCCUGGAUUUUCAUUCUCGAGGGGCUCGCCACCGUCGUCCUGGGGGCGAUGUCGUACUGGCUGGUGUACGAUUUCCCCGACCGCGCAGCCUUCCUCAGUGAGGCGGAGCGCAAGCGGGUGCUGCGCCGGCUGGCGGCGGAUACGCAGGGGAGCGGGGCGCGCGAGCAGCAGUUCAAGUCGGCGUAUGUGUGGGCGAGCCUCCAGGACUCAAAGACCUGGCUGGGGUGUGUGAUCUACAUGGGGGCGGACGGGGCGUUGUAUGCGUUUUCGCUGUUCGUGCCGACGAUUAUCAAUGGACUGGGCUACUCCUCCACCCGCGCGCAACUCCUCAGCGUCCCCCCCUACGCCUGCGCCGCCAUCCUCACCGUGACCAUCGGCUACCUGGCCGACCGCACCCGCCAGCGCGGCCUCUACAACAUCGUCGUCUCCCUCGUCGGCAUCGCGGGCUUCAUCAUGCUCCUCGCCGCCGAGUCCGCGGGCGUGCAGUACGCGGGCGUCUUCCUUGGCGCGAUGGGCAUUUACCCCUGUAUCGCGAACACGAUCUCGUGGGUGAGCAAUAAUGUCGAAGGUGCGCCAGUCCCCUGCCACCCUUCUACCCAAUUUCUAAUUAUUCCUGAAGGGGUCUACAAACGCGGCAUAACCCUAGGCCUCAUGAUCGGCUGGGGCAACCUCAACGGCAUCGUCUCGUCGAACAUUUACCGCACGGAGGACGCCCCCCGAUUCUAUCCGGGCCAUGGGGUGGUGUUGGGGUAUUUGGUAGUGUUUCUGUUGGGUGGCUCGGUGGUGCAGUAUCUGUUGCUCCGGAGGGAGAAUCGCCGGCGGGUCCGUGGGGAGCGCGAUUAUCGCUUGGAGGGGUUGGGGGCGGAGGAGGUGGAGGAGUUGGGGGAUCAACGGCCGGGGUUUCUUUAUACUUUUUGUGAUGAAAUUGACGAUUUGGUUUGGGUUUAUAUUGGAAGCUUUGAGACACUCGAGGCUACCGGGGCAAGAGCCGGAGAGGACAAGGCAAUCCCAGUGAUAAUACUCCCGAGCCUCACGAGAAGAGCCGGACAAGGAUACGUACAUUCCUUGUUCACUUGGGGCCUGCAGGCAGAAUUCUUUAUAUACUUCGACUCAUACUAUAAGGAGAAUCCGGAUCGAUGGGAGGCACAUAACAUAUCCUCUUGCCAAGGCUACCUCACCAGAUGCUUCUGGAGAUUGCACAGGGAAAAGAAAGACAACAGGAGAAAAUAG